AUGUGUAUUACGACAUUUGUCUUUUACGAUUUAAACGCGACAGUCAUUGAUAAAUUCAUUGAGUUACAACAACCCUCAUCCUUGGCAUUGCAAAAAGUAUACUUGGGUGAGGAAGGAUUAGUGCAUGCGGUAGAUAAGGAUAAUCUUCUGAUUGCUUCGAGUACGAUUGAUCAAAGUGUAGCAAAAUUUGUCGCGGAAGCUAUUAUCGCUAAGGUGUACGUGCUACUAAUGCGCCCGUUUCUGGAGAACCGUGGGUGCCGAAGCCGCAACUCUUACUUCUAUGGUAGGGCAUCUACAACCGAAGAUUUUGAUCGCUCCCAACCAAUACUUUCUAAAAUGCGUUUCGGAAACGGUAUAAACCCAAAAUUACUAGCCAUCAUUCUUAUCCUUCAACGUGCAGAUGUUGGUCCUGCGAUACUUAUAACCCAGUACGGUAUUCUGCCGAGCAAUGACUACAAAGGUGGCUUUGUAACCACAUUGAUGGCCAAAGAUUUACGACUUGCUGUCAAUGCAGCUAAUCGACUAUCUUAUUGGGCACUGUAG